AUGAAAGCCGAGCUUCAAGCCCAGAAGCUCGCAGCUAAAGAAGCCCGGGUAGCCCGCCAGGCCUUAAACCAGGCCCGGAAUCGGCUUCUUAGGGCAGGAAUUAAGGCCCGGAAGGAAGAGCGUGCCCGGAAGAAGAUGAUUACCCAGUUCCACAGAGAGGGGAUCCCAAUUCCUCCGGAGCUCGAGGAGCCAAUUCCUGACUGA